AUGAACGCAACUAACGGAAAAGGGUAUUCUUUACCUCUCUUCACAAACUUGAUAUCAUUUUCACAAGCUUUUUCAAUAAACAACACCAUAGAUUCUACUACUUCCUAUUAUUCUCCGGCAAUGGAUAUGGAUCCAAAGGAUAUGCCGGAAACGGCUUUUGUGAUCGCUUUUUGCGUCAAGUUUCGAAGCGCAAUUAAUUAUAUCUCAUUCUGGCCAGAGGACUUAGACGAAGCAAUCUGUUGCAAGGAAGGUCCUAAUACCCUCAUAGAAUCAUUACACAAAUCCUUUGUUAAUAAUCUUGUUCCAAAGAAAACAAAAAUCUCAUGGGUCAGAAAGGUUUCUAAAUUGGUAAAUGAAUGGCGAGGGAGAGGCUAUUUUUUCUUCGCUAAUUACAAUCCAAUAGAGCGAGCAAAUUAUGACUACUACAAAAUGAGUAAUCGAGAAAAAGUCUUAAUAAUGCAAAUACUUGUGAGCUGGCAGCUUGCAGAUUCAGCUGAAAUAAAGAGAAUCAGAAAGGAACUCAAAGAGAUAGUAAAUGAUUACGAUAUUAUGCCUUUGGAAAUUGAAUUCAUAGGCGAAGACACAAGUGGAUCCCGAUAUUAUUAUAUCGGGACCGGAACUAGAAUUUACCGGGAAUCAAUGAUAUCAGGGCGCGUAAAGUGGGAGACCUUGUCUAGUUCAGUUGAUGGAUUAAAAAAAUUCAUUUUCGAUUACCAGGGUCUCGAUCCGAACAGAUCGGAACGAGAACGAAUUUUAUAUUAUAGAUUUAUUAAUACCGUGCUACCGCUGCUUGAGCCCUUGGAAAUUGAACGACAAAGGUUCAGAGAAAUAGUCAUAAAUAAUAGUAAAGCGGAUCGUGACAGAGAAUUCCGCUUAAAGAAAAUAGAAAAAGAUCAUAAUGACUCCGAGAUACUUCUCGUGAGAACCCGUUCUCAGGCUAAACAAGCCACAAAUAAAGAAGUGAAAAACACGUCGGGCUACCUUGAGAUAAUUAAUAAGCCAUUUGAUUCUAUCCUCUACACCAAUUACAAUUUUAUUCGUCCGAAAUUUCAAUUCGUGGAUAAUUUCGUGGAUAGUGUCGUAGUGGAUGAUGUUAUGAUGGAUGAUGUCAUGGUGGGUUCUAUUACAAGCGGUAACGUACAAGCGAUGGAGAGAAAUAUUUUCGAGAAAAACAGCAUAAAUGCUAGAACAAACGAAACAAAGGAUGUCGGAGACGUUACAUUCGUAAAAACUCUCAGUGGGGCCGCGAGUAAAGAUAUAUCGAUCCGAAGUGGUAAACGCCCAAUCAAGAAUGAACGAAUGAAAUUUGCAGUAUCUCGCUGCAGGGAUGAUUCAAAUUCUAAGAUGAAUAUUUCAUCUAUUUUAACCGACAUCCCUAAAGAAGCAGAUAGCGUUAAAAAGCACACCGAAUUGUCAAAAAUGGCAAUAUCAAAUAUUUUAUCAAAUGAAACCUCUAACGUUUUCCAAAAUAAUGAUAUAUAUUCUGAUGAAAGCGAUGAAAAUAACGAACACGGACCAACGCCUUUUCAAUAUGGCAACGAAAAUGUGGAAUCUUAUGAGUUUGAUAUUAUUGUUCAAGAAUCUAAUAAUAAUAAAGCAUCUCAAGAAAAUGAGAUGUAUGUACCUAUUGCCAAGGAGCAGAAUGAUUCGCAUAAAAGCGGUAAUACUCCAAAUGGUAUCAAGGAAACGAUAAUGAAUCCAUGGGAUUCCGCGAUUAAAAAGAGGAAAAAUAAAAAGACUGAGGAAGUUAAUGAUGGUGUUCUAAGCGAACUCCAAAGAAAACGGGCCUUUGUUCUUAAUGCAGAUACAAUGAUUAAAUUGGAUUGGUCAUUGAAUCAUCCGGUAUUUAAAUUGGACGAAGAAAUAUUUGGUGAAUCUACUGAUACGGAUUUGUCAGAUUGCUGUUCGAACUGUGCAAUGGAAGUAAAUUGA